AUGGCGUUGAAUCCGAUACUCGCGCAGGAUAUACACUCGAAGCAGCUCAUUCCGCACUGCCAGAACGGCGAAUACCUGCUGAUGUGUCGUAACAGCACGUCGUUCACCCUUUCGUUGCAGGGGCGCUCGAUGAAGGGCGCGGGCGACACGUUCCUGACGACGCAUCGCAUCGUCAUGGUGAAAAAGCAGGACCAGAAGUUCCACAAGGACUUCUCGAGCAUAUCGCUCCCGUACUCACACGUUGACGAGCCGCGAUUCCGGCAGCCGAUCUUCGGCAGCAAUUACCUAGAGGGCAGCAUACGACCGGACAGCGUGGCUCCGUACCCCUUGGCAAGUGCGGGGAAGUUCUAUCUUUACUUCGACGGCGGCUGCGGGAACUUCUUGAACGGCUUCUUCAUGUACUACGCCCGCGUGCGCAACAACCCCGCGUACAGGGUGGAUGCGCACCCAAUGAGGGACAUGCCUGAGUCGCGCAGCGCAUUCGUUGACCCGAACGACCCAACGCGCGUCUACUAUGCCCAGCCGGAACAGGCUCCGGUUGCACCUCCGGCUUCCGCUGUAUACGCUACGCAAAGCGGGACUGAGCCUUCAGCUCCACCUAUGGCUCCGGCUGCCGCCGCGGCAGCAGCUGCAGCUGCCCGUGCGGGGCAGGCGGAUAAUCCGACAGAGGCGGGAAACACAGCUGAAGGCGAAACACCGGCAGAAGGCGCAGCACCUGACCCUGCCGAGGAAAAUAGAAGGCUCGUACGGCGUGGAAAGACGUCCGCGGCCACUUCGUUUUCCAAUGUCAGUAUUUUUGGUGAGAAAUGUGAAGGUUCAUCGCACUCUGGCGGCGAUUCUGCCGCUGCUGAGGUGGGUUUUACGUCCUGUGCAUAUCGCGACGCUUGUCUCCACCUGCCUGCUCUGACUCCUUUCAGCACGAUAGCCUUCUACGCCGCGCUCGUGUGCCUGCCGAUGCUCCCGUUGCUUGGAGAGGAAGCCAGCGUCAGCGAGCACGCGUACCUACAUGGAUUCACCCCGGACACGCUGACCUAUGCGAGCCGCCUGUUCAUGAUAGAAACGAUGUCUUCGAUUACGGAGGCGUGCCAGCAGGGCUCAGCAAGGUCAAACGAGCAGACCAAAGGUCUGCCGCCAUUCUCCAGGUGGACUGCCGAGGCUCCGGCCGAUGCCCCGGCAGUGUACACCGCCAUCGAGGAGCUCGUGCGCGCAACGAUUCCCAGGGCGGAGGUGGCCUACAACGACUUCAGGUAUGUCUUCAACAACGGCCUCGGCGUCACCGGCAGCUCCAUCCUGCUGCACCUCAAAUGUGCGCGCUGCUCGUCGUACGGGGCCUCCCUUGUGGUGGCGACGAUAGACACGGGCUCCAAGAGCGAUUUCAUGCUGGAUCAACGCGGGUACAUCACCCGGCCCAAAGGCGGGGACGGUGAAGCGCUAGGAAGGUGCGCGUCGUCGACACACGGAGUUGCGGCGGCAAUAGCCGCGCUGAAAAACGUCGCCGAAUUCGACAACCAGCAGCAGGACCUGAUGGUGCUGAUAACGGAACGUAACCUGCCGUACGCGGCGGGGACACGGCAGUUCCUGGACGACUACUUCACCCGCCCGGACUUCAAAUGGAACAGCGGAUGGCUGCACAACGCACUAGCCCUGGACCUGGGGUACGGCCGUUGCGGCAGCUACGAGGUGACUUAUGAGGGCCUGGACGGCGCAGUGCCCAACCCGGAUGUGGUGAUAUCGUUCCUCUCGACGGCCAAGACGGCCGAGUUGGAUGCCGAGCCCGCCGACGUGUUGGCAAGGAUAGGCCGCAUGUCGAUGAACGCGCUGCCGCAUCUGCCGCACGUGGCGAUGCUGCCGCGUGGCAUCUCCUCUUUCACGCUUACAUGCGCGAGGCGCGCGGACCACACUGACGAGAACAACGCGGAGAAGCUGCUGAGAGUGCUCACGCCGACCAUCCGGAUGCAGAACAACCUGGACACGGUGCUCGAGCGCAAGUCAAACUACUACCAAAUGGUCUCGCAGGACGAGUACCUUACGGAGGCCUCGUACCUGCCCAUCGUACCGGCGCUGCUGCUCGGGCUGACUGUGGAACUGCUCUACUCCGGCCACACCUGGAACUUCCACGCGUUGAUGGCCGGCCUUGCCGUGUUCGCCUUCAAUGCGUGUAUGGGGCCGCUGCUGUCAUAUCUCUACCUCGUGAAGAUCGGCGGCUUGGAUUUCGACACUUUGGACGCCUCCAACCUGAACAAGGUGCGUGGCUCAUUGGUCGUGCUGCUGUCGAGUUACGCGGCGCUGCUUUUCCUGAACGUUCUCGCGCUGAGGAGCUUGCCACGUCGCGCGUUCGUGGGCUACGUAGCCGACCGUGCGGUGUUGGUCCGAAACGAGCUGCUGUCGAAAUUAGGCUACCACGUACCGCCAAGCAGCCCGUUUGCGCGUGUGUGCAAUAAGAUUGUCGGCCCUUUGCGCGCUUUCCUCGAAAAGCUGAAGGCGGCCAUACACUCCAUUCUCCCGCCGUUUAUCAGGAAAGCCAUGGAAACCGCGAGGAAGAGGGGCCCUUCGAGGCUCUCGCUAAUGCUGGAGCGCUGGAGGGCGCGCCGCCAGGGUUCCCGUUCGCCAAGCUCAUCGAUCGAGAUGGUGCCCACGCCGGAGGAGAAGCCCGUCGUUGCGGACGCCGAAGAGACCGUACCCGAUGAGACCGUGGUCGAAACUCCGACUGUACAGGAGGUCGCUGACGAGGAAGAAUCGCAAAGCCUUUUGGAUUCGAUGGGCGGCACGGCCAUAGCGUGUCCGACCAACAGCGCCCUGCCGACGCCCAACGUGGUAGCCGGCAUCGGCACGCUGUUCUUCGCCACCGUCUUUUUGUACAGCCUGAUGAUUUUCCACUGGCCGCUGGCGGUGCUGCUCUCCCUGUGCCUGGUGCCCGCGCUGCGCAGGGUGCGUGUCUGGAACCACACCCGCAGGAAGUGCUUGGCCGACCUCUUCAUCUGCACAAACUACCUGGUCUUCAUUUCGAUACUCUCGUCGACAAGGAGGGUCCUGAACUCGAAGCAAAGGGAGCUGCUCGACGUCGCCUUCAACACCGGGCCCCUGGGAGUGCUCGCCUUCGUGCUCCGCGCUGUCUACAGGGUGUACCUGCUUGUGCGGAGGAUCAACUUCGCCAGGCUGGUGGCCAUCCUGCGCGGCCCGUUCGUCUCGCAGAAGGUAUUAUCGCUCGCACAGCAGCACGUGCUGCUCGGCUCCGGCGCGCUGCCGCUGAUCUGGUUCUGCGCGGUGCCCGUCGUCUUCCACAUUGGCCUGAUUUUCAUACUCACCCGCUGCAACAGGCAGUAG